AUGUAUCAUUUUCAUAACGGAUAGUGUAUCAUUUAAUCCCAUCUCUGUAUUCCCCUUUUAGCCCAUUUCGGUUUACACAUACUUCGCAACAAUCAUCUUCGACACUCUCGCUAUUGAGAAAAAACAAAGCCCAAUGAAGUUAACAAAAGCAAUGAAAAAGCUGAAGUUCUGGUCAAGAAAGAAGAAGAAAAAGAGAGCUCCUCUUCUUGAACAACCACCAUCACCUCCACCACCAUUGCUACCCUGCUAUUACCAAUGCCCUUAUAAUUACCCAACUCAGCCGUCAGCACCGCCCUUGCCACCUUGGUUCGAGUACGAGCAGCAGCAACUACAUGACUCCAUUUUCGCAACUGAGCAAGGUUCAACUUCGACAUCAGAAAAUCUGAACCAAACUCAUGGAACUAAUUCGCAGCACUCCAAUAAUGUUAGUCAGAUCAAUCAACCAAAGCCAACACCGUCGGAUAAUACUAGUAAUACUUUGCUUCAACAGUAUAUGGUUCCGAAUCAAAUGUAUGGUGUACCUGUGACAACAGAAGCCAGAACAGAGAGAGCUGGUGGAGCUUUUGGGUGUGUGAUCAAUUUUGGAGCUCGUUUAUUCAGGUGUUUCUUUCCCUGUUUUCAUAUUCGAGAAUUGAAGUAAGCCGUAUGGAAAGGCUGAGGCGAAGCAUAUAAUAUCAGGCUACCAUUUCGUUGCAAAAUCGAGUUUCCUAUUUCUUGUAUAUUAAAGUUAUUCAGGAGUGAUUUUUUUUAUCGACUUAA